ACGAGUAUCCGGAGGCAAGCGAAGUAUAUGUUUAUGCCAAGCCAGUAGAACUGCAUACUGGAGACAAGACAACCCGAUUUCAAGUCCAUAAUAUACUAAGAUUCUUUGCCGAUAUAGGCCCGCGGACACCAACCAUAGGCAAGCAAAGAGAGAUUCCAGUUCGCUCCGAAUCCGGAAGCAAUGCUGAAUUGAUGUUAUGUAUUGUGUGGCUUCGAAUAUGCGAUGGUUAACAUGAGCACAUUGAGAGCUACCUCUCCAAGCUUCCAACAAGGGCGGUUGAUGUCGGAGAAGGCAGCGAUUCAAACUCCAUCUAUCUUCGGGGUUACCAACGGAGAUGCUCACGGGCUGGCUGUAUAUUGCCUUUUUUCAUCGUUGGCAAAACGAUACUCCGGUUACUUCAACAGCUAACUUGGAUGGUCGCGAAAUGGUAUAACACUUGAUUGCUUACCUAAAGCAUAUCAAGAUGCUGUGCACAUGACAAGGAAGCUAGGCGUACGGUUUUCUCUGGAUCGAUUCUCUUUGUAUAAUUCAGAAAGAUAGGACGGGCUGGGAAUCUGAGGCUACAAGAAUGCGGGAAGUGUUUGCUUUCGCUUACUGCACAAUUGCUAUUUAUCCGCCAAAGGAGGCGAGCGGAAGUUUCGAAGAGGGCGGGGCGCUAAGUCGUCGAGGGUGGAUAUCGCAGGAACGAGCCUUGUCACGCCGAACGAUCCAUGUCGUUGGAGAGCAAAUGUACUGGGAGUGUGGGUCGGUGGUUUGGGAUAAAAGUAGUGAUAAGGGUGUAAGGUGCGCGUGUCUAGCCUAUGCUAUGUUUGGAAGAGAAACUGAUUUACUUGGUUCUUAAGACCUAGGAAUGCUCUGGGAAGUUCACUAUUCCCGAUGUUAGACGGAGCGGAACAACCGGAAGAUGCGCUCUCGGGUUUUCAAAGCACAUUUAUUUUAUACUCGGGACUUGAACUCACGGUGAAGAAGGACAGACCGGUGGCCUUGGCUAGCCUUGAAUUUCGAUUGGAUAAUCAUUACAACACGAAAAGCGUGUAUGGAAUUGUUCGACGUUUUCUAGGCGAAACUCUGUUCUGAUGGAGUUCUGUGAAUGAGUGGAUGGAACCUUUAUUCGAUUUUGAAGACAUAAUAUCUCCAUUGGUUGUCAUGAAAUUGAGAAUACCAUCAUGGUCUUGGAUGUCGUACACAGGGAAAAUCCAGUAUGCGACCUUUCCCACAUCGACGAUAAGUUGGAGAACCGAUGAGGAUAUCAUAUUCCACUAUACUGACGACCGUUAUAUCCUC